AUGGUCAUGGUAUCUCCACACGGGAAAUCCCCACCACAGCCCCAAUUCCUCCACCCCCACGGGUUUUCGACGCGUUUCCUACUCGCUUCCUAUCGCAUAGUCUCGGGCACUCACGGUUACGAUUCUCUAAUAUCAACAACUCGAUCUCUCCAACACUUCCACACAUGA